AUGACGACUCUGGUGACGACUCGGCGGCCGCUACAACUUAUUAGCAUGAGCAACCAGGCGGAGCGGCGGGCGAGCAAGCGUCUUGCCGGUAUCGCUAACCGCCCACCAGCUGUGGCCGAUUACGAGCAGGAUGACGAUUUUCAGUUUGUGCGGAAGUCGAAGAGGGUUAAGACGGAGAAGGCAGAUGAACCAGAGCCCGUGAAGAAGCCAGGGCGGGGGCGAGGACGACCAGCGGUAAAGGAACGCGUUACGAAGGAUGCCGCACCCGUAAUAGAGGAGGAGGAGGAGCCAGCGACGGCAACCGUGUUGGAACCCGCGAAACCUAAGCCUACGAGGAAAUCUACCAGACGGAAAGUCAGCGUCGACGCGUCAAACGAGGAACCGCCACGCAAAGUCCCCAAGAAGGCAACCAGGAAAAGCGCACGAGUCUCUGGGGAAAAGCUGGACGAGCCAGUGCCGCAGACAAAUGGCGCAUCAAAGAAACGCGGACACGAUGCAGAACAACCGAAACGCGGCCGCAAGGCAGAAUCACCGAAACGCGUGGUACCAAACUGGGACGAGUCACCAGAGCGUGAAGCACCGAUUGCCGCAGCCAAAAUCAAGCUCCCAAUGAGCGACACACCGGUAAUCAACCGCAACAAGGAGAUGAGAAAAAAGGGCAACGGAAGCCGGCGGAGUAGCUUGGGAAUGCGUGGGCGACGAGCGAGUUCCCUCAUCGACAGCGGCCAAACAGCAAUUCCGCAUCGGGAGGUUGACCCGGCUGGUUUCUACAAGCACAUCGGGGCUGAUCUUCUGGAGCCUCGAAGAAUGAAGCAACUUUUAACUUGGUGCGGAGAACGUGCUUUGGCUGAGAAGCCACCCCAUGGAACGCCUAAUUCGAGUGCCAUUCUCGGUGCUCGCGCGAUUCAGGACCAACUACUCAAGGACUUCGCAGCUCGAUCGGAGUUCUCAGAUUGGUUUAGCAGAGACGACGAGGUGCCAAAAGCACCCGUGGUCCUGCAACCUAACCCCAAGAACAUCGAGCUCGACGAGAAGAUGGCACAAUUAGAGAUUAAUGUUAAGAGAUUACAAGAAGAAAAGAAGGCCUGGCAAGCAAUACGGAAACCACCUCCUGAACAACCGCCUCUGUUUGCCGAGAACGAAACGUAUCCCGUUAUCUUGCCAGACUUUGACCUUCUGGAUCCAGAAGAAGGCAAGAUUAGGGGCUACCUGGCUGACGAGGCCUUCUCUUUCGAAACCGUUCGAUCACAAACGGAAUCGCGAUUGCGUACCAUCCAGUCCUCUCUGGAAUUCCAGAUCGACCAGCUCUCCGACAACGUCCACAAACUCGAGCAACGGGUUCUGGUGGCCGGAAAAGAGGCAGAAAAGGUUCUGAGCAUCAGCGCGCUCCGCCUCCGCCAGCGGGACGAACGCGAAAAGGCCAGGGCGGGCACCAAAGAGAUGCCCGUCAUGGAAGUGCUGAGGAGUCUAGGCAAUAUUCUCCCAGAAGGCGGCGGGUGA